AUGGGUGAAGCUAAGGUUUUAAGCACACCCAUUGGUGCACACUUCAAGAUGUAUUCGGUUCAAGAUGAUAGUGAGUGUGUUGAUACAGAGUUGGUACCGUAUAACAGCGAAGUCGGUAGUAUUAUGUAUGCAAUGAUUGGGACUCGUCCAGAUAUUGCUUAUGCCAUUGGUUUUAUGAGCAAACCUGGAGAUAUACAUUGGGAAGCUGUUAAAUGGUUAUUGAGGUAUCUUAAAGGCUCUGUUGGGAUGAAUUUGGUGUAUACAAAGGGAAAAGAUUUCAGUGUGCAGGGUUUUAGUGACUCAGAUUAUCCAGCAGAUCUUGACAGAAGAAGGUCUAUUAGUGGUUAUGUUUUCAUGGUUGGUGGAAAUACAGUGAGCUGGAAAUCAAGCUUGCAGAAGGCAACUACUUUGUCAAUUACAGAGACUGAAUUCGUUGCUCUAACAGAGGCUGUCAAGGAAGCCAUAUGGAUUUGUGGCUUGUUGGAUGACAUGGGUUUGAAACCAGCCAAAGCUUUGAUAUGGUGUGAUUCUCAGUCUGCUAUUUGUCUGUCAAAGAACAACACCUUUCAUGAGAGGAAAAAACAUGUUUCUACGAAGUUUAACUUCAUCAGAGAUGUGACCGAAGAAGGUUGA